CUCCGUUCCUCGCAGUUCUUCUCAGUCCUGAGUGGAGGACGCCGAACUGACGGCUACAGCUGCGAGAAAAAUCUCGUUUUCUCUCUUCAUUUAUUGAAGAUGACAUAACUUCAACAAAAAAAAAAAAGACACCUGCUGACCAGGUAUCAGCUGUAUUACCAGAGACUGGCUUCGUCAGCACUGCUCUCUUCAGAUGGGAGGUCACAAACUGCUGGUCCGCUUCACCCAAAUGCACUAUCUGCAUUCUGCCCUUGCAUAAAGAUGGCCGCCCGUGGCUUUUUUCUGCACCUGUACACCCCGGAGCAAAGCUGCGUGCUACCAUGGUGAUCAUUUUCUCAAAAACACUGGAAAAGAAGAAGGGUGUCAAUGAUGUAACGUCCAAGAGCCCCGACAGACAGCCGAGUGAUCUCCACAUCAUGAGCAGAGGGACCACCCUCUUCUCCCGUGGAACCGUGGAGGCAGACAGAUGGUUGGACCUGGGACGAAGCUGUGCCAUCCAGCAGAAAGCUACAGAUUCCAGUUUGGAGAGCCUGUGGGACGUGGUGCCUGAACCCGGAGGCCUGCACUGGGCCAAAGAGCCGGGCAGCACCACAGCUAUCACCAGUCUGAUAAGAGAUCUCACUCUGGGUAACACCGGCACAAUCGGCACCCACGCGAUGCCCGUCCAGACACAUUUCACACCCGCAACCCAAGCUCCUGCGGCUCCCCCGAGCAAACGGCAAUGCCGCUCCCUGUCCUUCUCAGACGAGUUCAGUGGGUUCCGCUCAUCUUGGAGACCUCAGGGCUCCCGAGUGUGGACGUCGGUGGAGAAACGUAGGUACCACAGUGGGGGGAGCAUCCGAGGCGGAGCGAGCCACUUCCCCCCAAUGCAGCGCAGCUCCAGCUUUAGUUUGCCCUCAUGCUUGAGCGCACCCUCAGACGGCACCCGGGACCCGCCACUCUUCAACCAGCAACUGCCUCUCCACCUUCAGUUCACCGCCUCUUCGGUUUCCCCCAGCUCUGUUUUCUCACACCACUCCCACAGUCAGGUCUUCCUCCGGCCUCUGUCCCUUUCCCACGAGCAGAUCAGUCUGAGAGAGCUCCAGCAGGAGGAGGCGUCCGAGACCAGCUCUCCGGACUCGACCCCGGAGCUCGGAAGGAGAGGCGCUGGGAAGGGCAGUCUCUCUCGGAGCAGGUCCCAGCCCUGUGUGCUGAACGACAAAAAGAUUGCUAUGAAGCGCAGGAGACCAGAGGAUGCCCAGGAGCAACGUCCCUCCCUGGAUUUGGCAAAGAUGACUCAGAAACUUCAGACCUUUCAAAGCCUCAGCUGGCCCGGAUUCUCGUCCUUGGACGGCUUCAAGUCCAGCCCGAGCGGGCACUCGUUCGAUCCCGCCGGCCAGUCGGAGGCGGACUUCGCUGCUGUGUCUGAGCGGGGGCUGGAGUUGCGGACGGACACGGUGGCGGACGACGAGGAAGAGGACUCGUCCUACGGGGAACUGGACAGCGAUUCCGCUUGCAGCGUGGACUCGCGGCCCGGUUCCCCUGCGUGCUGCACUGUGGACAGUAAACGCACCCUCUGGAAGGGUGACUGCGUGAAACAGAGGGAUAUUUUCCAGCUCGGUGGGGAGCUGGACCUUGAGCAGAUUGAAAGAAACUGAACAUCCACUGUAAGGUCACAUUUAAUGUACCAAGAGGUGACUAAUGAAAUGCCAUGAAAGGGAUAAGAUACUGAAAGGACUCAGAAAGUGAUCCAUAAUGAAAUAUUAAGUAUGUUGCCGAAGAUUAUCUUCUGAAUUUCACGUAUGCCUUGAACAUUCUUUCUGCUAUAACCAAAAAAGCAGCACCCUUUGAGGAUUUUUUUUAGUUUUUAUUUCUUAUGAGUUGGUGAUUUGACUUACCUCAGGAGUGGAAAAUUGGGGGUUUCUGUCUUAAAAAGUGUCUCCUAACCCUCAAUCUCUUUCCAACCUGAUAAUCUUUCCAAAGUCAGCUCACUUUAGUUUUUUUUUUGUUGUUUUUUUUUUAGUACUGUAGUAGUAGCUGAGCUCACCUGUAUUCAGCUCAGAUUUGCUAUUUUCAGAGUAAUCUGAAAGCUGGGGAUGAAACAGAAGACAAAGAGGUCUUCUUUCAGACAUUCAGUCUUGUUUUUCUCCUUUGUCUAUUGAGCGCACACAUAAAUCUUUUAAGUUUGAAUGUAGGCUCCAUAAGCUUUAUGAAGAGUUGAAAAAAAAAAAGAAAAUCAAAAAGUGCCUUCUUUUGAAUGCUUGUUCUUGUAGUUCUUUUCAAGGAGAAAAGCCUCACCCUAAAGCCACUGUGUCUGACGUUUAUAUGCAAAGUGUAUGUUUGAAUUAAACACUGAAUCUCUUUUUGGGUUCAAACAGCAGUGUGUAUUUUUCUACAUUUCUUUUGUUUUUUUUGGAGGGGGGGAUUUUUUUUGUAUGUUGUUUGCGAAGGAGCAAAGAUUUCAAGGCCUUUCUUCUAACUGAAUGGAAAUAAAUUCACAACCUGCACCAAUA